AAGCAAUCAUUUCUCCUUCUCUCUGAAUGCAAUCAUGCAGCCAUGCAAUCAUUUGAGAGCUGUGAUUGGUCACAGCUUGUCACAUGGUACAAGGCUGUUGUGAAUAGCUUUGUAUUACGUGACCUCUGUGAUCAUUCACAGAUUUCACUAGUAGUAAGCAAUGAUAUCAGGAAGUGACAUCUUGGUUACUACUGUUCAUGUGAUCACUGAUUGGCCAAUCAGUGAUCACAUCAUCGGGACCUCACACAGCGGUCCCGUACAGCGUUCCGGACACAGAGGGCACCGGAUCACGGUGCCGCGUACUCCCGGGGAGUGCGCACAGGCUGUGAAUGUGGGCACCAUUUAUGAACGGCAGCCCGCUCCUGCACUGCUCCCAUCUGGCCCAUGUACAUAAACGGUCAGACGGGAGCAGUG